GUGCAUACGACUGAUCCUUUAGGAAUCCCGUGAAAUCCCCAUCAUCGCUACAUCGAUUGCGGCCAAGCUCUGCUGUUGCUCUUAAAAAUGACGGUAAUACAAAUUCCUCCAAUUCUGUAGACAAAGCCAUGUAUGAGUAUUCCCCCCCCCCUCGUUCUUUGCUCCCUCAGUAUUAUAGAAACAUGAAAAUUAAGUUAAAUGACCAUGCAACAACCCCCAAACGAACAGGAUAAAAAUGGGGUGAUACGGAGUCUGGUUACCCAGUAAUAACUGGAAAUAUGGCUGACUUGUAUCUUUAGGAACAGAAUGGCGUCGCUCUGAAAGUGGCGUGUCUCUGAUGAAGUCCCUCCAUAUUAAGAGAGAUCAAUUUUAUCCUCGAAUGUACCAGCAGGAUGCGCUCGUGGGUGUCCUCUAUUUCUUUAUUUCUAUCUCUAUGGUUUACAGUGCUAGAGAAAGAGCUCGCGAGAGCCUUACGGAACGCUUGGAAGAAUAAAGCGGGAAAUAGGAGAGCGGAGGGCGUGGCUAGAGGGAAGAAUCGACGGGGGGAGCGUGGCUUGUUUCUCCUGGCAACUCUGUUGUGGAGGUGGUGGCAGCUACCGGGUGGCUCUGGAAGCUUUGUCUGAUUGCUCUUCCCCGUGUAGUUGUGCUCUAUCGACCCCCGCCAUUUUUUUUCUUUUAAAUCACAAACGGAAAUCCGUAUUUUCCCGUUUGCAAAUCGUUAUCUUUGUCGCUUCCUCUUCGAGAGAUCCACUCACUCGCUAUGCGUAAGCGGGACCAUCGUGUAGACCUGGCCGAGGCCGCUGCGCUCCAGCGGAGGCGCUUCAGGGAGCUGCAGAGGCAAAGCCGCGUGUUUGACGCCAGAGUCAGGACCAUUGGUGUAAGGGACCUUUGAGCCGUCGGACGGGAGGUGUGGGCUUGAUGUUCAGCUUUGAAUGUAUCAGAUACAGUAAAACAAAUACAUUAUCUGGUGGGCAGACCGCUUCUAAGCAUGGGCGGAGUGUCUUGUGAGAGGGACGGCGCUUAUUUUUUUUAAAGCGCCUUCAAAACCGGGCAUUGAUUUAGAUUAAGUUUUUCUAAAAUGGGAGUGCUAACAAGUGGUUUUAUGAAGAAUGUAUUUCUAGUAGCCUGACUGAUUGUUAUCAAUGACUAUUGAUAACUAGCAACCUUCAAAUGAAAGUCACAAAAGCAUGGGACUGGGACUUCGGCAAUCUGGGUUUUAGUCCUUGCUUGGCCAUGGAGCUUUGGGUGACUGGGCCAGCCACAGACUCUCGGUCCAGCCUUCCUGACAGGGUUGUUGUUGUGGAGAUAAGAUUGAGAACAGGAGGAGAAUGAUGUAAGCCACUUUGAGUUCAUUGUAAGGGGGGAAAAACGGGAUAUAAAUUUAAUAAAUGAAACUGAUUUUGGACACUCCUUGUUGUAAAUCAGAAGGGCUUGGAUAACUCUGCAUAAUAAAAGUUAAUACUGUCAAAAAAUGGAAUGAUCAGAAUAUGUCUCAUUUGAACUUUUCAAAAUCACAGCACCAGCUGUUACAAACUGUACAGUCAUACGCAUGGCUUUUCUGAAGUCCCCUUGCAUUCUGUGGUGCUUGCUCUUUGGUAAAUAGGUAAGUAUGGUAAUUGCCAUAGUUAAUUCCCUACCCAACAGAAUUUUGGCUGUAUAAGUUCCUUGCAAUAAAAUAUGUACCUUCUACAAGUAUUCCUUUUGGAGUAUUUCAGACUUUUUCAUGCAAUAGCAAUAUUAAGGUAAAAAAUUACACACACACACACACACACACACACCCAUGCUUAUGUUGUGGAGAAUUAUUUUUACUGGAGUUCAGUGGAACUUAUUUCUGGGUAAAUGUGCAUAAUAUUGCAGUCUACAUGGAUUAAAAUCAUUUAGCUAUUUCUCUUCUUUGAGAUGCUCACCACUUUAUUACCAAUUUGUCCCAUGUUAGAAUCACAACAUUUUUAUGAGAUAUGCUGAGACAUGGUGAUUAGACCAAGAUUACUCUGUAAGUUUCAUAAUUCAGCCUGUUUGCAAUAUAAAACCUGAUGCAAACUUGACAAGGAUUUGAAUACAGAUCUCCCUUGUCUCAUUCUAUUAUACUAUAUCUUUCACUGGAAAUCUACACACUGCUGUAUAUAGAAUGAAUCUGUAAAGCAUGGUUAGAUAAUUUAGAUCAUACAUACUUAAGGUAGUGUUUUGAGCUCACAAAAUGAGUUGAUAUCCUAAUAACUCCUAUGUCAACUCAUAUCUAGCACAAAAACAUUAGGCUUGGAAAAGUUAUGUGACUAAUCUGUUUCUUAUCUACCUUGUUCAGUGGAUCACUUCUAAUGUUGGAGCUAAGCCUGUGUGAUUUUGGUAAUUGGUCACUAAAAUAUUUUCAAUCUUGCACAUCAGCUACACAGUUUUGUUUUACUAUGUUUCUGUUUUACAGGUUGAAAAGGAAGCUUUGGACACACAAAUCAAAGAUAAAAAGAUUCAAGAAGCAACACAGAGGGCAUGUGAUGAAUCAAUCGCACAUCUUGUGUCUAGCUAUUCCUGUAAAAAAAAAAAAAAAAAGCUCUGAUAGCAUUAAAGAACAGACAACUGGCACCUGAGUAGUGGCAAGAUCUGAGCAUCAGAGCUGCUUCCAGAUGAGGAAAAGAAGAAUUGGCUGCACAUUGCCUUUUGAAUGUUAAGUCUUCUUUCUAGAAGUCCCUUGGAGUUAUUUACAUUUCCAUCUAAAAAUUAUAUUCCUUGCAUACUUUGAUUUGGCUGUGGAAAUGAAGCAAAAUGACAAGUUCCUCUGCAUACUGGAUGAACGGCAGAAAAGAGAAACUCAAAUUCUAAACAAAGCUCUUAAUGAAUUUCGCCAAAAUUAUCAGCAACCAGAAACACGCCGUGAAUUUGACUUGUCUGACCCACAAGGCCUAAAGAAAGAUACUUCUGCUCAUCUGGCAAACAGUGACCCUCACUGUACUAUAUCUAGCUUACAGAAGUUUAUGGGAGAAGAUCUCAACAUUGCAAAUAGGCAGAAAUACCAGAAGGAGCAAACAAGGGAAUGGCUUUUGCAGCAAUGGAAAGAACGGCAGAAUGCAUUGGCAGACAAAAGAAUUGCAGAUGAUCUUUAUGACAAGCACAGAAUGGAACUUGAUCAAACAGCUAUGAACCUCCAAAGAAUAGAUGAAGAAACAAGACAGGCCAUUUGUAUCACUACUGAGGAAUUCAAUAAAGCUCUGGCUGUUGAAAAUGAAGAAAAAAGGAAACUAGAAAAGCAGCAGGAAGAAGAAGAUAAUGUAGCUGAGAUCUCAAAUCUACUUAAAGGAGAUCUGCUCUCUGAAAACCCCCAGCAAGCUGUCAGCUCCUUUGAAGCAAAUCGAGUGAUCACUGACAGGUGGAAAGGGAUGAGCCAAGAUCAGUUGAAAGAAAUACCUGAUGUUCAGAUGCAACAAGUUCUAGAAAAGCUGAGACUGGAAGAAGAGGAGCGCCAGCGAAAUUUAGAAUGGGACAGAAAGCGCGUUCAGGAAGCCAGGGCAGCAUUGCUUUAUGAACGCCAUCAGCAGCGUCAGAAUCGAGAGCUCCGUAGAGCAUUAGAUAACAUGAAUGCACAACUCUCCCAGGAACAGAAAGCAAGGCAAACUUAUCUUGAAGAAGAAGUAUAUGCAAAUUUUCCUUCUGGCCAAUAUUACACACAAUUUAACACCACAAGCCGCUGAUGCAGAAGCCCAUGUUGACUGCUGGAGAUGUAUCUAUAACAUUUGUUUAUAGAAUGAACUUCCAUUAUGUAAUAAAGUAGACAUAACACCAAUAUUGUUUUUCUUGGCAUAGGAAAUUUAUGAAAUUCAGCACUCUAGACUUUUUGUUUUGUUCAGCAGGAGUUGUAAGAAAACUUGAAUUUACGAAAGAAGGAAUAAACAAUCCAGCAAGAUGCUUUUUACAGUUCUAAUUAUUAUAAAUUAUUGAUUUUCACUGUAAUGGUUUUUGAUGAAUGAAUCUGUUUCCAGUAAGUUAAAUGGGAUUUUUAGGGAUUGUUCAGUGCAUUAUAUGUAUAGCCAUAUAAGGUAACAUUUUUUCACAAUGAAACUACUGGCAGAAAUACAUAAUUCAUGAGAUAUAGGAGUGCUGCUAAAAACAAUAUCCCCAUGAUGAGUUUUCCACUAUAUCAUAUGGUAUCAUUUACCCUAUGUAGUGAUACCAUAAUAUAGCAUAGUUUUCCUCAACCUCACCCCUUUCAGAUAUCUUGGACUAUGCAUCCUUUCAUACCUCACAAUUGGUCAUGUUGUCUUAGCUGAUGGGGAUUAUAGUCCAAAACAUCUGGAGGACAUUAAGUUAAUGAGGGAUGACAUUUUGCCUUUUUCUACUCUUGUUCUACUUCAUUGGCAGGGGUGGGGAAACAAGUGACACUAUGAUAUAGAUAAGUGAUAUUAUGUAUUAUGGAGAAAACUUGCACAUGGGCAUCUUUAUCUCAAUUGUAAUCUGUGAUUUCUUCCUGUGCAUAGAUGGGACAAAAAGAAUUUGCAAAGAAAGAUUCUUCCUUUUGUUCAGGAAAAAGAUGUCUUAAACUAAUUUUUAUGACCUUUAUUCAGUCUCUCACCUGAGUUUGUGCUGGUAUAGGCCACCAGAUAAAACCUUCCAGAAGCUUUUGUCUUCUUAGAGAAGUGCUGUGGGGCACUUCCCACAAUGUUCCCCAGUCUGUUUAAUGGUUUUUACAUGAUGCCUUGGAACAUUUUAAUUUUUAAUCAUUUUGUAGGAGUUUAAAUAAAUAAAUUACUUUUGAG